AUGUCCUCCGACGACGAAUCCGAAGGAUCCGAAGAUGCCCGAAUGAAGCAGCUCCUUUCGUCUUGGGAUGAUGACAAUGGAAGUGGCGACGACUCCUCUUCUGAAUCUGAAGAAGAAGAGGAAGAGGAAGAAGAGAAAAAGGUUGGAGCCACCAAGUUUGACUUGGGUCUACAAGACAAUGUCCUCGAUCACAUUGUCCUUGCUGCACCAGAUUUCCAAGAUGCUAUGAAGGAGUUCGAAAACAUGACUGGUAUCAAACCAUCUGUUGUUGGAUCUCUUCGCGGUCUCGGAACAAAGAGUGCUCGUGUUGGUCUUGACAACAAUGCUUAUAUUGAACUGAUUGCACCUGAUCCAAAGAACUCCGGACCUAUCGGAGCUGCACUUGCCUCUCAAUUGGAAGAGGGACAAUUGAUGCCAUGGCAUUAUGCUAUCCGUUCCAGCGAGGUUGAGGCAAUGAAGGAUGACUAUGUUCCCAACGAACUUGGUUGGCAACCUGACCACAUUUCCAUGUUUGGAGCUUCCCCAGAUGGAACUCCAAAGAAGUGGGAGAUGCUUUACAUGUAUGGUCACAAGAUUGGAGGUGUUGUCCCGUUCUACAUUGACUGGGGACACUGUGACCACCCCUCUGCAACCAUUCCAGAGGUUGGAGCCCUGAAAAGCCUUGUCGUGCGAGCCCCCGGAGGACACAAGGUGCACGACCUUUUGUCUUCAGUAGAAGGUGUCACUGUAGAGGAAGGUGAACCAAUGCUUGAAUUUUCUUUCGGCAGCCCAGAAGGAACUAUUACUUUUUCUGCGGACAAUCCACAUGGAAUUAAGUUCCCAGGAUUUGAAGAAGGAGAUACAGGUGCCAGUGGUGCUCCAGACAAACCAGAAAUGAUUCCGACUGGAGGAGGUGGCGACAAGAGCGACGAUGACUCUGAUGUCCAAAUCUCGGACAGCGACAGUGACUAA